AUGACAAGGAGAGCGGUAACGACAUCGGCUCCGUCUUUCCUGCCCAUCACAGCGCUGCUAAACCCCCACACGGGCGUCAAGCGGCGGCGCAAUCGCCUCGACGUCGACGGGCCCAACACGGCCGGCCUCAGCUCCAAGAAGCGCCGCCUGCGCCUCGACCUCGUGACGAGCAGGCUAUCACGCCCAUACUCGGAACCAGCGUCGCACGUGCAUUGCAGGUACGGUUCGAUGCGGCGUGUUGCCACGACGGCGGUCGCCAACAGGGCUUUGGGAGGAGGAGGAGGAGGGCAGGCAACCGGGUCGACGACGUCGCAGCAGAAAAAGGGCGGCGGUGCGAGCGCGGAUGCCUCGAUGGGGUCGUCGUCGACGUCGACGUUUCUUCGCUAUUCCAUCAUGAAUAGGAUGAGGAAGCGGCUGGGGCUCAAGGGGCCGGGGGUGCUGAGAGUGGGAAAGGCGGAUGCGGCCAUGGGCGGCAUGGGCGGGGCGGCACAGUCGAGCUGGCACCCGGAGAAGACGAGGUCGUCAUCGGGGAGCAAGGCUCCGGCACAAGGCAUGUCGGCUGGAGCAAGCCCGGGUCCGGCACCCUUGCGGCGACCCGUGACGAGGCGGGCGGAGCUGCCUCAUCCGGGACAACACUCUCGGGCUCCAGCUAGACCGAGGACACAACAGCCACCACAGCAGUCGUCAGAGCCGCAGCGCCAGCUGCCACCCCUAAAGAUGAGCCCACGCGACAGACCCGGACCCUCUCGAAGCGCCGCGGAGCCCCGCCGCCCGCCGAGGAAGCACCUGGACGAGGCUGGCGAGGACAGCUUUGGGUUCCUGCACGCGGAGGAGGGGCCGGCCGACGACGGGCUCGCAGAGGAGCCCGACGACGUGUACUGCGACUUUGGGAUGCUCUUUGGCAGGACGGCCGAGGGCUUGUCGCCCGAGGGAGUGGAUCGGCUGGCUGAGAGAGGGCUGGAUCCAAACGACGACCUGGCGUGGCUGUUGACGUAG